AUGCCGUCCUUUGCCAAGCAGCUGGGGGCGCUCAUCCACAAGAAUCUGCUCAUCUCCGUCGCCAGGCGCCCGAUUGGCUUUCUGCUGUCCAUCUACGUCGCUCCACUCGCCAUUCUAGGCCUCCUUCUCGCGAUUCCCUCUCUUAUCCCGGCCUUUAACACGUUUGGCAUCUCGGAUCCGGCCCCGAUCCGACCGCUGGCCGAUACAAUCAGCAAGAAACUCGUUGUUGUCAGACCGCCCGAACUGGGAAGCGACGUCGACCCUGUCAUCGAGACCUUCACUCGCCCCGUCAGGAAGGAACUGCUUGUCUUCCAAGCCAAUGAGUCGGAGCUGCUUUCGCUAUGCCUCCCCAACACGCGAGGCGUGAGCGACUGCCAUGCCAUCGUCAUCUUCAAGGACUCGCCCCUGACGACACGUGUGACAAACUCUUCCGCCAACGGGCACACGUGGAACUAUACAAUUCGCGCCGACCCAGCACGGGACAACCGAAUGUUUGAUCUCACGAAGCACCGGAGCGACCAGGAGGAUUUUUAUAUGCCGCUGCAGCUCGCCAUCAAUAAUGCCAUCACGAACUCUACCACGACGCCUGAGACAGUCAUGUUCACCCCUGAGCCGCAGGAGAGCUACGAGCAGAAGAUUUCGGUUUCCCAUGCGGCCAUUGUGGGUAGGAUCUUUGUCUUCGCCCUCAUUGCGGCCCAUUUCACCAUCAUCUAUCGCCUGACAACCUUCAUCACCUCGGAGCGGGAUGCGGGCCUGUCGCAACUCAUUGACUCCAUGGGAGGCGGCAGCACCAUCUCUACUCGCGUGCUCAGUUGGAUCAUCACCUUUGACCUGGUCGCACUGCCUUGCUAUAUAGGCUUCGGCAUUCUCUACCAGCGCUUGCUGUUUCAAGCCUCAAGUGUCGGCACUCUCAUCGGCUGGCAGAUUCUGUCUGGUUUUGCCAUCAACAGCUCGACAACAUUCGCCGCCGCCUUCUUCUCCAAGUCCCGGGUCUCCGCCAUCUACGUAAUGUUUAUCUUCUUGCUUAUGUCCAUCGUCGCCCAGAUGUACGCCUCCGAAACCAAGCCGCAUCCCCAGUCUGUGGCCGUUGGAGCUCUAUCGUUCCUUUUCCCGAGCUCAAACAGUGUCUACUUUACUCAACAAAUGUGCCUGUGGCAGAUUGAUGGCCGGGCCGCCGACCCCGGCAAGCUUCCGCCCGAGUCCGCGGGGCUCUUUUCCGAGUCGUACGGCGUUAGUCAGGGCGCGAUGCUCGGGUUUCUGACCCUUAAUAUACUAAUCUACACCGGUGCUGCGAUAGGCACCGAGAAGCUCUUCCAUGGCAUUCACUUCCGCAAGAGAAGGUUCUCCAACCCGUCCCAUGCCUCAGCGGGUGUUGUAGCGCAGACAUUCGACAUCAAGAAGCGAUUCGUCCCCAGCUUUCUCACGCGCAUUUUCUGCUGCGGUCGUAGAAAGCCCGUCCUGGCGGUCGACGGCGUCAGCUUCCAGGCGCACAUGGGCCAGAUCAUGUGCCUCGUCGGCCCCAACGGGUCGGGCAAGACAACCACUCUUCAUAUGAUGUCGGGGUUCAUCAGCCCAACGGAGGGAUCUAUCGCGUUUGGAGCCAAGCCCUCACAAAUCGGCAUCUGCCCCCAGAGAAACACGCUAUGGGAUGAACUAACUGUCGAGGAGCACGUCUACUUGUGGGAUCGAAUGAAGGCCGGGAAUAGGUCUCGCGCAGAGCUCGAUCAGCUCAUCGAGCAGUGCGACCUCCAUCCGAAGCGCAAGUUCAAGGCGAAUCAACUCAGUGGCGGCCAGAAGCGCAAGCUCCAGCUCGCCUGCAUGUUUGUGGGCGAUUCUUCCGUAUGCCUGAUCGACGAGUGCACCUCGGGCCUCGAUCCCCUUUCCCGGCGAGCUAUUUGGGAGAUUCUCCUGGACCAACGCUCCAAACGCAGCAUCAUCUUCACGACGCACUUCCUGGACGAGGUCGACGUGCUCGCCGACCAGAUCGUCCUCCUUGCCCAUGGCAAAAUCAAGUGCCAGGGCUCGUCCGCUCAGCUCAAAAACAUGCACGGCGGCGGCUACAAAGUCAUUGCACCUCUUUCUGCCGCACAGGUUUGCAACGGCUAUCCUCUCACGAUCCACCAGGAGCGACUCAUCUACGACGUUCCCGAUUCACAGUCCGCAGCGCAGAUGCUUUCUACAUUUGUCACCCUGGGGAUGACAGACGUCGCCAUCUCUGGGCCACAGUUUGAAGAUGUCUUUCUCAAUCUCUUAAGAGAUGACAGCAUAGUAGAACAUGUCAAGACCACCUCCACGAGCGAUCCCAGUUUCGAGAUGACGCCUGGCCGGGUCACGUCGUUCUGGGCGCAAUUCGCGGUUCUUUACAGGAAGCGAUGGACGGUUCUCAAGAGAUUCUGGGGCCCGUAUCUCUUUGUUAUCAUUGUGCCCCUUGCGGUAACGUUCGUUCUGGGAGGUUUGCUGAAGGACUACAAGACGCCCAGUUGCGAGGCUUUGACAGAUAUCGGGCUUCCCCUGGAGACCUCUAUGCUGAGGUGGAACGGAUCCUGUCCUCAAGAGAGCUUCUGCGAGCAGCUCUCAGUGGCACCGCAAGCGGCCAACGCCAGACUGUUCGGGUUGGUCAACAACAGAUACCCCGGGAUGGCUCAGGUCGACCCCGCAACCUAUGAUGGCUUUGUCGUGGUGCAGAACUCGCGCGACGAGAUGCUCAGCCACAUUGGGCAGAACAGAACCAAGGCCGGCCAUGGCGGCGUCUUUGCUGGGUCGUCCACCGAGGCCCCGUUGAUUGCCUACAAGGUUUUGACGUUUGGUGCGCAGUCUGGGUCUCUGCUACUGGACGUUUGGAGCCAGAUGCAGGGUGGUAUUGAGAUCAACUCUUCUCAAGAGUCGAUUCCCAAGUCUCGGAAGGGAGGUGACAUGAGCGGUCUAGUCUAUGUCUUCUUCUCCUGCCUGCUCCAAGUGCUUUACCCAGCCUUCUUCGCGCUCUAUCCCGCCAUGGAAAAGGCACGCAAGAUCAGAGCCCUGCAGUACGCCAACGGCGUGCGGCGCGCUCCCCUUUGGGUUGCCUACGGCACCUUUGACUUUCUUUGGAUUUUCGUCCUCUCGGCGGCGAUCAUGGUCAUCACGUCGGCACAGCUGGCCUUCAACGGGCCGGUUCUCCUGCUGCUGCCGAUACUGGCUCUCUACGGUCUAUCGGCCACGCUGAUGGGCUAUACCGUUGCGCAUUUUACAAACGGGCCGCUCAAGUCGUAUCUGGCCACACUGGGAAUCGGCAUGGUUUCUUAUACGAUUAUUGGCGUCUCACUCGGGGUCAGUGAGGGAGCCGCCACAAACGGGCGGGCAGAGGAUAGCAUGGCGGGCAUCACGUUCGGAGCCAACCUCUUCAUGCCCAUCGGUAAUGUUUUUCGAACGCUCCUCUUGGGGCUCAACUUGAUGGAAGCAGGGUGCAAAGACGGUAGGCGUGUGCCCGUGGGCUCUCUCCACGGCUUCGGAGGCCCGCUCCUCUACCUAUCCAUCCAGGCCAACGCGAUCCCGCAGCGAGAUGAAGACAUGGAGCUCAAUACAAUGCACUCGAGCGCCGGCGGCCAAGUCAAAGACAGCGUGACGGGGGAAGUGACGCGGGCCGAGAACGCUGGCUCAGACCUCCUUCGGGCUCUUCAUGUCAGCAAGAGCUUUGGAUCUAACAAAGCGGUUGACGAUUUGACUUUUGGGCUGGCCAGGGGCGAGGUCAUGGCUCUGAUCGGGCCUAAUGGCGCAGGGAAAUCAACGCUGGUCAACAUGAUUCAGGGGGAGCUGUCACCAGACAAGGGGGAAAUCUUGCUCUGCCAAGAAGACAGCAGGUCCCCGGGGGCCAAGAAGAAUCUCGGAGUCUGUCCACAAUACGACGCCCCCGACUUCAUGAACACGAGAGACCAUCUCUUCUUCUACGCCCGCGUCAAGGGCAUCAAGAAACCCAAGGCCGACGUCGAACAUCUCAUGGACAGGCUCAACCUGACACCUCACGCCAGGACGCAGGCCUCGAAAUUGUCGGGCGGCAACAAGCGGAAGCUGAUGCUCGCCAUCGCGCUCAUGGGCACGCCGCCCGUUGUCGUUCUCGACGAGCCGACCUCGACCAUGGACGCUGUCGCCAAGCGCUCAUUUUGGAAGAUUAUCCAAGAGAUUGCCGCCGAGCGCUCCGUGCUUCUCACCACACACAGCAUGGAAGAGGCAGACGCCCUUGCCACGCGUACGACCAUCAUGGCACGCCGAUUCCUGGCCAUUGGCACGACUCAGGGCCUACGUGAGCGCUACAGCAACAUCUACUAUGUCAAUCUGGUGCUCAUGUCGGCGCCCACAUCUUCGGUGGAUGAGAUGAGUCACGUCGGAGGGUGGAUGCAAAGCCGCAUUCCAGGUGUUCGUUUCGAGCCACCGAGCAGCACGACCGGAUCUUCUCCCGUUGCAAACCUGAUUGAGAUACUGGAGCGGGAGAAGGACAGCAUGGGAGUCGAGUUUUACUCCAUCAGCGGACCGACGCUCGAAAAUGUAUUUUUGAGUGUUGUCAGGGAGAAUCAGGUGCAAGAGGAGGACGGCGCCGGGACACGGCCCCUUUGGAAGAGGCUUCUGAAGCGAGAGUGA